AAAGUUCAUGACUCAGAGAGUCCAACAAGUGGUGACGUACAACCAAAAGGAGAACAAGUUUUCUGCCGCUGUGUUAGUGAGAAAAGGAGGAGAGAUAGAUUUUAGGGGGGAAGGGAAGAGAAGAAGGGAGGAGAAGAAAAAGAAAAAGCAUCUGACACAAACAGUGGGGCAAAGAAAGGGGGAGAGCAGGAGCAGCAGCGUGCUGGACGGCUGGAAAAUCAACGCUGGAGAGGGUUAGGAGGAGGAGCUGAGAGGACAAGACAGCGAGAAGAGGUGCAGGAGAGGUUAGGAGGAGAGCAGGAAGGCUUCAGAGACACUAGGAGGAGGAGAAGAAGAAGAAAAGGGACCGCAGGAAGAUCUUCUUAAAAGAGGGAACACAAUGUCGACGUCGUCAACAGAAAGCAAUCCUGAGGAUGUCACCCAGCGCAGCUUCUGGAUGCCUGGAAACUAUCACUGCACGGUGAAGCGCACUGAAGACGCCUUUCAGGCCUGUAACGACAUCGUGGCGUGCUUCCAGGAGAGAGCCCGCUUGGAGAGGCAGUACGCUCAGCAGCUCAACGAAUGGAGCAACAAGUGGAAACCAGUGGUGGACUCCAGUCCUCUGUAUGGGUCUCUACUAAAAGCUUGGCAGUGUUUCCUGUCCUCCGCUGACCGGCUGGCUUCUUUGCACGCCUCCAUCUGUCGCUCCCUGGUAUCGGAAGAUGCAGACCGGGUCAGGACCUGGCAGAAGGACACCUUUCACAAGAAGUUAUUUGGAGGCUUCAAGGAGUCCCAGGACAUUGAGAUGGGGUUUGCACGGGCUCAGAAGCCCUGGGCCAAACGGCUUAAAAAGUUGGACAAAGCUAGAAGGGCGUACCAUAAGGUGAGCCGUAAGGAGCACGCCGCUAAGGAGAGAGACCUGCAUGCUCAGGGAAACCCAGACGUUUCCAUCGACAAGCAGAAGAAGAUCCAGGAGGAGAGACAAGUGGCCCAGCAGGAGGCUGAGAAGGUCCGCGCUCGCUACGAGAAGGUCCUGGAGGAGGUGAACCGCUACGUUCCUCGCUACAUGGAGGAGAUGGAGUCCGUUUUCGACCAAUCCCAGGACGAGGAGCGACGGAGGAUUGUGUUUCUCAAGGAGGCCUUCCUGUCCAUCCACAAACACCUGGACGUCACCAACAACGAGAGUGUGAGGGCCGUCUACAAUGAGCUCCACAACACCCUGAUGGGCAUCGAUGACCAAGACGACCUCCGCUGGUGGAAAAACACCCACGGGCCCGGCAUGCCCACCGACUGGCCUCACUUCCAGGAGUUUUCACCCGAAAAGAAAUCGAAAAAGCCGAAGAAGGAGGUGGAAAAGAAAGGAACAAUAGAAAAGAGUGUGAUGAUCGGAGGAGUGAGAGUGAGAGCUCUGUAUGAUUACGUCGGUCAGGAGACAGACGAGCUCUCCUUUAAAGCAGGUGAAGAGUUCCUGAAGAUCGAGGAUGAGGAUGACCAGGGCUGGUGUCGGGGGAAGAAGGACGAAGGCUGGGAGGGGCUUUACCCAGCCAACUACGUGGAGGUGGUAUAGUGCUGCAUCAGGUUCUGCUCUGUGCAGCCUGGUUCUGAUCCCACCAGAAACAUCAAUUAAGUGCUUUCAGAACUGACAGCGUGGUUCUGCUUUAAAAUACGUUGACAUACAGAUUUUUGUAAGCUUUUUAAUUUCCUGAAGGAUUUCAAUGAAUGUUUUGAGACGAAGAUACAUGCAAGCGACUCCUUUAUCCAACUAUAGCAACUAUAAGCUGGAGUAUAAAGUCACACUAAUCUGUUUGGCACUUAAGCUGCAGUACAGGACUCAGCUUUUCUAUUUUAACUCUCUUUUCACAGAUUUUUAUAAUGCCUUUUAAAAACUCACUGCACAAAAUAUGAAUUAAAAAAAACAUUGAGGUACAAAUGAAUCUCAAGCAGCCGUACAAAUAUAGUCAGCCACGGCAUCUAAUGUGGAAAUUAUGCAACAUGUUUGCAAUCUAGCCUUCAAACAAAUAAAGCAAAUAAAAACAAGAUUGUUCAUUGUUCUGUCUCCCUGUUCUGAGCCCAGGGAGGAAAUGAACCUCACCGCAUCAACCUAAACCCUUCUGACCUUAGAUACAUCUCAGUUUGUGACUUUUUAAUCCUAAAAGCUCAUUUCACCUCCACCUGUUACUCAUCCAUUACCCAGAAUCCAUUAUUGCAGCAGCUCUCUUCUUUAUGCAGCUUUACAUCAGCUUUCAGCAUCUUCAGGAUCUCCAGAUCUGCUCUCACCUGUGCAGCCAUGGCCCUGAAUGCUGACAGUGACACAAAGGCACCAUUUAUAUGGAAAUGUGAAGAAAUAAUACAAACAUUUUUAUCUUUCCAAAAGCUUUUAUGAAUAAUUGCACUAAGUUUUUGCAAAGGUGCAGCAGAACACGUGGUGUUCAGGCUUCUUCUUCAUACCUGCUCUUCUCUCUGACAUGCUGGAUAGCAACUUCUGGACUAAACGCUGAUUUAUGGCGACCUCAGCCCUCAGAGCUGAUCACAGUUUGUUAGUUUCUGUUUUCACACCUGCCUGUGAGAGCUCACUGCAUGUUCCAGAGCAGGGGUGUAGAUCUGGCAGGUCAGAGGUCCACUAUUUAAAUGCUCAGAUCUUUGAGCCACUUAUGGCUUUCCCUGGCAACACGGCGCUCCAUCGUGCUGAAACAGCGCCUUCGUCCUCAAACUUCCUGCUGAAUUUCAGCCUGUCCUUGAUGGUGUUCUCAGACAGAAGUGGCUUCUUUGUUGGUCAGGACUGCCGUCCAUCCAGAUGCAUGGUCAAUGAUGACCAAGCUCUGCACUGGUGGACUCACAGUUCUGGAGUUUUCUGGAUACUUAAAAUCUUCUUUAGCGCAGCUAAACGUCUCAGCUGGAAGUUUUUGAUAAUCUGCUUUGUUCUUAGAAGGUAAUUCCUGUGGGACAUUCAGGGCAUUGCUGCCAAACUGAACACAGCGCUCACUCACAGCAGUCAGGCUGCUAGUUACAGUGAUACAGCGACCAGCUCUGUUGGUGUCAUGGCCACAAAGAAAUUAAGUUAGCUGACUUUUCUCUGCACAAGAGGCAAAAUCUGCAAAAUGCAGCAUUUGUGCACCGCCUUCACUGUAAUGUGUGCCUAAUUGCGGGUGAAUAAUGUUUGAGUGGAAAGCCAACAGGAAUACCUUGUUAAUUCUUUGAACAAACUAGAUUCUUGAUCCCAUGUCACAAAUUUCCAUGAGAUAUAAAACUCUGCUAAAUCAUAAUAAUGGGCAGAAAAAAAUAUAUAAUUUUAAAAUUCUCUUCAGGCCAGACUGAAGCUCUUGGAAGUGCAGCAGUAGAUCAGUUUGUGGCUCAUAACGGUCACCAGAACUGCUCUGACCACCAGGCAGGAUCUGAUUUUAGUGAAUAGGAGGAAAAACAUGGCCCUCAAACUGGAUUUACAGACAAAAUCAUUACUGUUACAUCAGACCAGUAGCUGUUUCCUUCAGGAUGAAACAGAUUUCUCUGCAUUUUCUGUUUAUUUUCAGACUUUCUGUAAGACGGAGGCAAUUUUUACCAAAGAAAGGAGACAGCUCCCAGCAAAUGUUGUCUAUGCCUUGUUUAUCGCCUCCUCUUAUCCUCCGUUUGUAUUUUACGUUAGCUUUACUUGUCAUGUGGAAACUAUACAUUUGCAAACUUUGUGUCUUUUGGAAAUAAAACUCUAAAAAAAAA